AUGAUCUUCGGCUACAAUCAAGCGUCCGCUGGUGGUGUGCUCGCCGACCUUACCUUCAACAAGCAGUUUCCCAGAAUGGAUACCUUGACGACAGCGGGCUCUUUGCAGUCAUACAACGCGAAGAUUCAGGGAACUGUCGUCGCCAUGUACACCCUUUUCGGUGUGUUUGGAGCCCUGGGCUGCACUUUUUUCGGUGAUGCGUUAGGUCGUCGGAGAACAAUCUUCAUUGCCAGUAUUAUUCAAGCCAUUGGAGCUACCGUACAAUCGUCUUCGUUUGCUUUUGAGCAGUUCAUUAUUGGCCGAGUUGUCUUGGGACUCGGCACGGGCGGAAUGAUUGCCACUAUCUCUGUCUGGCAGGCCGAAGUCUCGAAAGCUGAAAAUCGUGGUGAGCACGUGUCCGCCUUUGGGAUAUUCUGUGGAUCUGGCCUUGCCUUGGCUCUAUGGGUUGCCUUUGGAAUGAGCUACACACAGCCAAGCUCGGUCUCUUGGCGUUUCACCCUGGUUUUCACCCUUUUCUUGUCGAUAUUCGUCUGUUACGGCAUAUUUAACCUACCAGAGAGUCCUCGCUGGUUAAGCAAAAAGGGUCAUUGGGAAGAAGCGCGGGAAAUCCUCGGGCUUCUGCACGACGAGGAGCCGCACGGAGAAAUUGUGAACAAAGAGAUCGAAGACAUUCAAAUCUCCAUCGAGCGCACUAGUAAAGGUAGUUUCGGUCCUUUGUUCAAAAUGGGACCUCAGCGAACAUUCCAUCGUGUGGUCAUUGCUGCCGUUGCCCAAAUGAUGCUCCAAAUGAGCGGCAUCAAUUCGAUCACAUACUAUGCCCCUUCAAUUUACGAGAACCAAUUGCACUUUAGUGGGACAGUCUCCCGUAUCCUAGCGGCUUCGUCCCAGAUUGCCCUGGUUAUAGGAGCAUUCUUCUGUGCCUAUACGGUCGACAAAUUUGGCCGACGCAAACUGAUGCUAUUUAGCGCAAGCGGGAUGAGUAUCUGCUUCGCCUGUAUGGCUGGUCUCACUUCGAAUCCGGAAAAUAAGUCCGCUCUCAAAGCUGCUGUGUUUAUCUCGUAUCUCUACGUCAUUGUAUACGUUAUGGGAUUCCUUGGUAUUCCGUUUCUAUACGCCAGUGAGGUAGCGCCUACCCAUCUACGAGCUUCCGUGUGCGGAUUGUCUACCGCCAUCUCCUGGCUUUUCAAUUUUCUUGUCGCUGAGGUGACUCCAACAGCCUUCACCAAGAUCGGCUGGAAAUACUUCCUCGUCUAUUUCACUUUGAAUGCCAUAUUUGUGCUAACUACCUAUUUUCUCUUCCCCGAAACAUCGGGGCGAUCACUGGAAGAGAUUGACCAGAUUUUCGAGUCUUCAACAUCUAUCUUCGACACAGUUCUCGUGGCGAAGAAAUUGCCCAAGCGUCAUCUUGCUGAGCAUCUGCAAGAGAGAAAGGGGCCUGAGAGUGACAAGGGAGCUGAGAUUGCCAUUCCUGAAUCCUCUCAUAUCGACGAGACGGUAUAG